AUGGCCAAACCCGCUGCCCUCGGGCUACUACUAUGGGCAAUCCCCGCGUUGGCCGUCAUCGCGACCGUGAAUUCCCCCUGUCUGUCCAUUUGCGGAGGCACCCAGAAGACAGUCGACGACGAGCUGAUCUGCAACGAUGGCGAUUACAAUUCGACGGUGAAGGGUCUGACGAUGAAGAACUGUCUCCUUUGCGAAAGUACCAGUACUACCUACUCCAACCAGUUCGACAGUGACCUCUACUGGUUCAUCUUCAACCAGAAAUACACCAUCCAAGUCUGCGUCUAUGAGAAUUCCGCCUCGGCUUCGCUUUCCCCCUGCGAGUCGCAAUGUCUCCCCCUGAAACCCGUCUUCGAGACCCUCUGGUGGAGCCACAACGUCUCGCUGUACGACUACUGCACGCAGAACAGCAAUGCCUUUCCCACGUACGCGAGUGGCUGCUCCGAGUGCUUGAGGGGCAAGGCUGGCUCCAAGGUCCUGGGCAAUUUCAUGGAUAAUAUGGCGUCGGCGUGCAAGACGCAGCCGAACGCCACCAAGGAGGAGACGGUGACUCUGGCCCGGCCGUUGUUUGACUUGAGUGUUGCGUCGAAUUCGACUGCGACGAGUACGGCUGCCACUACAGCGACGGGGACGGGUACGCCUACAUCGUCGCCGAUUUCUACAUCAUCGUCGUCAGGUCUAUCGGCGGGUGCAGCAGCGGGAAUCGGGGUCGGCGCUGGAGCUGGCGUGAUCCUCGUCGGGGCGUUGGUCUGGGUUCUGUUCCGACGACGUCGUCGCGCUGCACAGCAAUCGCAGAUGUAUCCUCCUGCUGCUCCAGGAGGUCACGAGUAUGCCCAACCGAUGCAGCAAGAAGCGCCGCAUGCGCCUGGAUAUCCGGUAGAGAGGAAUUCUUCGAGGCUGGUGGAGGCGCCCGACACAAAUGAGCAAAAGCCAGGAGGAACAUGGGCGGCAGAAUUACCGUCGAACCCUUCAUAG